UCAAUCAUCACUUUCUAGACUUGAUGUCACGGCUUGCAAACGUACAAUGCUAACACAACAUUUUAGAUCUUACAAGAGCGACCAGUCUUGGCUCAAAGGGGUAUUCGGUUUGGCGCUACGUUGUCUUGGAUGAGGGUCAAAUUGUGAGUAAAAAUCGUUCAAUGAUCGCGUAAACUUUUGCGCAGACCACUCAUCCAGUUUACCCACCUAAUCACAGUUAUCAUUUUUCAAUCAUUCCUUAACAUUUACAUUUGUUUCAUACCUAAUUAUAUUUCUCGCUGUUUCAAUUCUCCUUGAAUGGUCAGAGGUUCCAAUUAGUGCAGUUAGUUUGGUACCCUUUGAGCAUUCUAAUGCAACUUUUCAAUUGCAAGCUUUUUUGACAUUCAUAGUCACUUUGCUAAUACAUCUAGAUAAAAAACCAUGCAAGCGAGGUAUCUAGGUCUUUGCCAGGCCUAAAAGCAGAACACCGUCUGAUACUCAGCGGUACUCCUCUUCAGAACGACCUUGGGGAGCUCUGGUCUCUCUUCCACUUCCUCUACCCAGAGGUAUUCGUUCAAAAAACAAGAGAUCUCUUCGCAAAGGGAUUCAAUCUCUCAAAAGGAGAUUAUAUCAAAGAUGUUUUGGUUGCCUCUCGCCACCCCCUAGAGCUGAUUAUGCUCAGACGAACCAAGAGUUCCCCAGGAGUCGAUUUAGGCCUACCUCCUAUGGAGGAGGUCCUUCUUCUUGUCCAACUUAGUCCGUUUCAAAAGAUCUGGUAUGAGAAAUUGAUCAAAAAGACGGGCACGGAGAUUUUGCACGAGCUAUUUGAUAACAGUAAGGAGGGAUCUACUUCCACAAAUCUUGGUCUGGAAUCAACCUCUGCUGGUCAUAGUGGCGACAAGAAGCGUACUACUCGGCAAAGCUUCAUGAACCUUGUUAUCCAACUUAAAAAGGUCUGCAAUCAUCCAUAUCAGUUCGAAGAUGCGGAGCCCGAUCCAUACGUUCCUGGCCGUCAUCUAAUCGAAUCUUCUGGAAAAUUCAUUGUUUUGGAAAAGCUUAUUACCGAGUUAGUCGUUAGGCAAAAAAGGAAGAUCAUCAUAUUUUCUUGCUUCACAAAGAUGCUAGAUCUUGUCCAAGAGCUUCUGGCCCUCAAAGGAGGAGAUGGUUCGGUUUUCAACACCUGCCGAAUUGAUGGAAGCACCGGCCGAGCACGGCGUAAUUUAGCAAUCAGAAUGUUCAUGGACCUUUCAAGCAAUCAUAAAGUGUUCCUUAUCUUUACUAGAGCCGGUGGCUUAGGAUUGAAUCUUCCCGCAGCUUCUGUAAUCAUUCUUACUCGACCAAGAUUGGAACCCUCAAGUAACAAAACAAGCAAUUGCUCGGUCUUAUCGUAUCGGUCUUAAAAGCCCUCUCACAUUCUACCAAUUUAUUGCUCAAGGUACUGUGGAGGAACAAAUGAUGCCACGAAUUGCUAAAAAGCUCUAUUUAUCUGCCAAAGUCACGGGAUCUAUGGAAGAUAUCUACGCAGAGGCUACACUUUCCAGUAAAGGAAAGGCAAAUGGCAUCUCCAGCGGUGACAACAGCGAGGUGCCGGAAAUGAACACUACACAGCUCAUGACUCUUAUUCGCCGAGGAGUAGCAGUCAUCUCCCGUCCAAUUGAUGUAAGCAAGAUGCUAGAAUGGGGUUGGGAAACUACCAUUAAGAUGUGCAGGGACCAAGCCGCAGAUCUACUUGUUCGAAAAGACGUCACCAAGGGCUCAAAUGUUGAUGAGGAUGAAGCUGAGCGAGACUGGCUUGCAGAGCGUGAGCGCGUUCAAUCAAGAUUGUUCAACGGGGAGACUAUUGAGGACCAUCGAUCCAAAUCCACCCCAUAUUUAAGGGAUUUUGCACCAUCAGGCAGUAGAGCUGAUCGAAGGAUCGGCAAGGAAAUAACAGUUGCGAUAGUUGGAUACAUGGUUUCUAAGGAUAGUAUCAACAACGAUCAAUGGGAAGCCGACAAGACGUUCUCUUCCACCAACGACAAGAUUUCUGCUCCUAAACGCGAGAAGAAACCUGACAUCAACUCACAAGGAUAUUGUCAAGUCUGUAAAUUCCAGGAUGCUUUACCACUUAUUCGAUGCAAAUUUUGUCCAAGGGUCUAUCACAACGAAUGUCUCACUGACAUCUGCCAAGCUAAGGCUCAAAAAUUACACUUCGCAUGCCCCCAGCAUAGUUGUAAAGAUUGCAAACAAAAAGCUGGAGAUGUUGGCGGAAUGCUUUAUAGAUGUCGAUGGUGCGAGAAAGCACAAUGUGAGGACUAGGCUGCGCAAAAAUAACCCGCGGGUUAUCCAUUAGGAUUAUAAAAUAAUCCGCUAAUUUAUAAUUAGGUAUAAUUUAUGAAGAUUGGUAUAAAAACUAGUAUAUAAAAUUUGGGAAUAGCUUCAAAAAUUUAAGCGAAUAUCAUUUGCGAAUAAUCCGCAAAUAACCUGCAGAUAAUCUG